AUGGAUGAAGCCGCUGGGGAUUUGAAGCAAGCACUCCCAAACGUGUGUGACAACGUUCCAAUUCAUGUGGAAGUUCAUCAGAAAUCAAGCAGUGUGGCCAGGAAAGAAGAUAUCAGGAUGAGUGUCUUAAAGCUGUUGAACAGACAUAACAUCGUGUUUGGUGAUUACAAGUGGACAGAGUUUGAUGAUGGUUUCCUUAAUAGCAAUGUGCAGUCUGUGUCGAUUGUGGAUACGGAGCUGAAACUGAAAGACAGACAGCCUAUUGACUUGAGCAAAAGCAGUCUUUCUCUUCAUAUUUUUCAUCUGAAUGAAGAAGGACCAAGUGCUGAAAACCUGGAAGAAGAGAAUGAGGAUAUCAUUGCAGCUAGCCACUGGGUGCUACCAGCAGCUGAAUUCCAUGGCCUUUGGGAAAGUCUUAUAUAUGACACUGAAGUAAAAUCACACUUACUUGAUUAUGUGACGACAACAUUACUAUUUUCUGACAAAAAUGUUGAUGGCAACCUGAUCUCAUGGAACAGAGUUGUUUUGCUGCAUGGCCCUCCUGGAACUGGGAAAACCUCUCUCUGUAAAGCAUUGGCUCAGAAGCUGACAAUUCGACUGUCAUAUAGGUAUAGGUAUGGACAGUUAAUUGAGAUAAACAGCCAUAGCCUUUUCUCUAAAUGGUUUUCAGAGAGUGGCAAGCUUGUAACCAAGAUGUUCCAGAAGAUUCAGGAGUUAAUUGAUGACAAAGAUGCUCUUGUAUUUGUACUGAUUGAUGAGGUGGAAAGCCUCACGGCAGCCCGCAGUGCCUUCAAGGCAGGCACAGAGCCUUCAGAUGCUAUUCGUGUGGUGAAUGCUGUACUGACACAAAUAGAUCAGAUUAAAAGGUAUCCCAAUGUAGUUAUCCUGACUACUUCAAAUAUAACGGAGAAAAUUGACAUGGCCUUUGUAGACAGGGCUGACAUAAAGCAAUACAUUGGACCUCCAUCUACUGCAGCAAUAUUUAGAAUAUAUCUUUCUUGCUUGGAAGAGCUAAUGAAGUGUCAAAUAAUAUAUCCUCGGCAGCAGCUCCUGACACUCAGAGAGCUAGAGAUGAUAGGCUUUGUAGAAAAUAAUGUGUCAAGGUUAAGCCUUGUACUAAAAGAAAUCUCAAGAAGAAGUGAAGGUCUUAGUGGGCGGGUCCUGAGGAAACUUCCUUUCCUAGCACAUGCACUUUAUAUUCAAUCCCCCAGUGUUACAAUGACAAUGUUUCUUCAGGCUCUUUCACUUGCUGUAGACAAGCAAUUUGAAGAAAGAAAGAAACUUGCAGACUGUGUGUGAUACUUUACUGGUUUAUAGUUGUCUGUAUUGUUAACACUGAAAACUACUUUUUUUUUUUUUUCAUACAAACUGUGCAACUUCUAAGCAUCUGUAAAGUAGACUGUCAACACCUUGAAAAAGCUGGAAUGCCUAAUCUAGUUUUUCUAAAUAUUCAUUAAUAAACAAUUAAGAAGCUUUACAGCA